AGAGUUGGAGGAUGUAUAUACUACAGUUGCGAUCAGCACGAAGGCUUCUACUUCCUCACGUCUCAGGAGCACCUCCUGGUGUUCGAUCCAGAGUACGACGACGACGGCCAGAUAUCCGGCGACUUGGAUGGUUACCUCUUCCCUGAUCAUCAUAUGACCUCGCCCCCGGAAGCAGGGCAGGUGGUUGGCGGCCGCUACCUCGUGGAGUCAGAUGGGAGGCUGCUCAUGGUCAAGAGAUUCAUAUCUCCAGGGCGGGGCACGGUGUCUUUCCAAGUCUUCACGCUUGAGUGGGAAACCAGCGACCCUCACUGGGAGAGCUCCGCCGCCGUCGUGACCGGGAAGCUGCUCUUCAUCGGCCGAGGCUGCUCCAGGGCCAUCCAAACGGGACGAUCUGUCCCGGGUUUCAUCUACUUCUUGGACGACGCUGAGGGAUUCCCUGAUGUGCAGUCCAUUGUCCGCACCGAGAAGCAAUACCGCUGCAGCGACGCCGGCUGGUUUCGCUGCUCCCCGCAGUACAUCGAGAAGAGCUGGCCGCAAGGGCCCCGGCCGGACUGCUCGCCAUGGAUUUGGCUCUAUCAUUGAUGAUUCACAUUCUCGCGGCGGCACACUUUUGGUUGGGGGAAGUUCUGUCUGCUUUCAUUCUCUGAAACUGGUUGGGAAUGUCGGUGAUUGCAGGUACGAUUGAACGUUGUAUGGUGAGGUGCAUGAAAGUUAAUUGGUACCCAUUGCAAUUAAAAUUGAUGGUUUAUUGGUUUGGGUUUGAACUGUAUCUGGUCUAAACUUGGCAAUGGAG